GCGCGCGGCCUUAUAAGCCCCCCCUCGGGGCGCUCGCGGAGGGCUCGGCCGCCAGCUACCGAGCGGGGCCCGGCCCGAGCGGGGCCUGGGGGUGCGACGCCGAGGGCGGGGGAGCGAGCGUCGCUGCUCCCGGACCGGGCCGCGCGCGCCGCCUCAGGAACCAUCACCCUCGCUGGAGGCGCCCUGACAAAUCCUAGCCAAUUUUGGAGCACCUCCACCAGGGAACCUGCCAUCCGGAAGUGUGGUUCCUGCACAGCUGCAGCCAUGGGGUCUGAGGACCACGGCGCCCAGAACCCCAGCUGCAAAAUCAUGACGUUUCGUCCAACCAUGGAAGAAUUUAAGGACUUCAACAAAUACGUGGCCUACAUAGAAUCGCAGGGGGCCCACCGGGCGGGCCUGGCCAAGCCUGGAGGACAGAGCAAGAUCCCGUCUCCAGAACAAAACGAACUGAAAAGUCUGUGCUGCUCUUCUGAACGCUUUGCGGUUCCCGAAGCUGCCUGCUGUGUGACGCUCACUGCUCUUCCUCAGCGAGGCCGGGGCUCGGCAGGUGCUCUCUACACACUGCCAGAGGCUGAGCGCCUGGGCUCCGCGAGCCAGCAGGGCAGCCAGACAGCGUAUCAUCCCCCCGAAGGAGUGGAAGCCUCGGCAGACGUACGACGACAUAGACGACGUGGUGAUCCCCGCCCCCAUCCAGCAGGUGGUGACGGGCCAGUCGGGCCUCUUCACACAGUACAACAUCCAGAAGAAGGCCAUGACGGUGGGCGAGUACCGCCGCCUGGCCAACAGCGAGAAGUACGCGGGGCAGGCGGGCGGCCGGACCCUGCUCCCCGAGCACACCUGCUGGUGGAGGCCCUGGGGGCAGAGAAGGCCAUGACGGUGGGCGAGUACCGCCGCCUGGCCAACAGCGAGAAGUACUGUACCCCGCGACACCAGGACUUUGAUGACCUUGAACGCAAAUACUGGAAGAACCUCACCUUUGUCUCCCCGAUCUACGGGGCCGACAUCAGCGGCUCUUUAUACGAUGACGACGUGGCCCAGUGGAACAUCGGCAGCCUCCGCACCAUCCUGGACAUGGUGGAGCGCGAGUGCGGCACCAUCAUCGAGGGCGUGAACACGCCCUACCUGUACUUCGGUAUGUGGAAGACCACCUUCGCCUGGCACACCGAGGACAUGGACCUGUACAGCAUCAACUACCUGCACUUCGGGGAGCCCAAGUCCUGGUACGCCAUCCCGCCAGAGCACGGCAAGCGCCUGGAGCGGCUGGCCAUCGGAUUCUUCCCGGGGAGCUCUCAGGGCUGCGACGCCUUUCUGCGGCACAAGAUGACCCUCAUCUCACCCAUCAUCCUGAAGAAGUACGGGAUCCCCUUCAGCCGGAUCACGCAGGAGGCCGGGGAAUUCAUGAUCACAUUUCCCUAUGGCUACCACGCCGGCUUCAAUCACGGGUUCAACUGCGCAGAAUCUACCAACUUCGCCACCCUGCGGUGGAUUGAUUACGGCAAAGUGGCCACUCAGUGCACGUGCCGGAAGGACAUGGUGAAGAUCUCCAUGGACGUGUUCGUGCGCAUUCUCCAGCCUGAGCGCUACGAGCUGUGGAAGCAGGGCAAGGACCUCACGGUGCUGGACCACACGCGGCCCACGGCGCUCACCAGCCCCGAACUGAGCUCCUGGAGUGCAUCCCGGGCCUCGCUCAAGGCCAAGCUCCUCCGCAGACAAAUUAGUCUGAAAGAAAGCAGACACUGGAGAAAGACUGAGGAGGAGAGGAAACCAAGUCUAGAGAGGAAGAAAGAGACCAAAAGGCCGGGGCUGUCGUCUCACCGGAAACGGAGCCAGCCCAAGAAGCCCAAGCCCGAAGACCCCAAGUCCCCAGGGGAGGGUGCAGCUGGGGCGCUCCUGGAGGAGGCCGGGGGCAGCAUGAAGGAGGAGGCCGGGUUGGAGGCCGACCCCGAGGAGGAAGAGGAGGAGCCGCAGUCACUGCCACACGGCCGGGAGGCUGAGGGCGCAGAAGAGGAUGGGAGGGGCAAGCUUCGGCCAACCAAGGCCAAGAGCGAGCGAAAGAAGAAGAGCUUCGGCCCGCUGCCCCCACAGCUGCCCCCGCCUGCUCACUUCCCCUCAGAGGAGGUGCGGUGGCUGCCAUCCCCACUGGAGCCUCCGGUGCUGGGCCUGGGCCCCACGGCCAUGGAGGAGAGCCCCCUGCCAGCGCCCCUCAACGUUGUGCACCCUGAGGUGCCCAGUGAGGAGCUAGAGGCCAAGCCUCGGCCCAUCAUCCCCAUGCUGUAUGUGGUGCCUCGGGCCGGCAAGGCGGCCUUCAACCAGGAGCACGUGUCCUGCCAGCAGGCCUUUGAGCACUUUGCCCAGAAGGGCCCGAACUGGAAGGAGCCGGCUUCCCCCAUGGAGCUGACAGGGCCCGAGGACGGUGGAGCCAGCAGUGGGACCAGCCGUGCAGAGAGCAAGGCCCGGGCCGGAGAGGGGCAGGCACCAUCCACAUUUUCCAAACUGAAGAUGGAGAUCAAGAAGAGCCGGCGCCAUCCCUUGGGCCGGCCGCCCACCCGGUCCCCGCUGUCGGUGGUCAAGCAGGAGGCCUCGAGUGACGAGGAGGCAUCCCCUUUCUCCGGGGAGGAGGACGUGAGUGACCCCGAGGCCUUGAGGCCCCUGCUGUCCCUGCAGUCCCUGCAGUGGAAGAACAGGGCAGCCAGCUUCCAGGCCGAGAGGAAGUUCAAUGCGGCAGCUGCGCGCACGGAGCCCUACUGCGCCAUCUGCAUGCUCUUCUACCCCUACUGCCAGGCCCUACAGACUGAGAAAGAGGCGCCCCCAGCCUCCCUCGGAGAGGGCUCCUCGGCCACACCUCCCUCCAGAAGCGGCCAGAAGACGAGGCCACUGAUCCCCGAAAUGUGCUUCACCUCCGGCGGCGAGAACACAGAGCCGCUGCCGGCCAACUCCUACAUCGGCGACGAUGGGACCAGCCCCCUAAUGGCCUGCGCCAAGUGCUGCCUGCAGGUUCACGCCAGUUGCUAUGGCAUCCGUCCCGAGCUGGUCAACGAAGGCUGGACGUGUUCCCGGUGCUCGGCCCACGCCUGGACUGCGGAGUGCUGCCUGUGUAACCUUCGAGGAGGUGCGCUGCAGAUGACCACCGAUAGGAGGUGGAUCCACGUGAUCUGCGCCAUCGCCGUCCCCGAGGCCCGCUUCCUGAACGUGAUCGAGCGCCACCCGGUGGACAUCAGCGCCAUCCCCGAGCAGCGGUGGAAGCUGAAAUGUGUGUACUGCCGGAAGCGGAUGAAGAAGGUGUCGGGCGCCUGCAUCCAGUGCUCCUAUGAGCACUGCUCCACGUCCUUCCACGUGACCUGUGCCCACGCAGCCGGCGUGCUCAUGGAGCCGGACGACUGGCCCUAUGUGGUCUCCAUCACCUGCCUCAAGCACAAGUCGGGGGGCCACGCGGUCCAGUUCCUGAGGGCCGUGUCCCUAGGCCAGGUGGUCAUCACCAAGAACCGUAACGGGCUGUACUACCGCUGCCGCGUCAUCGGGGCUGCCACGCAGACCUGCUACGAAGUGAACUUUGAUGACGGCUCCUACAGUGACAACCUGUACCCUGAGAGCGUCACUAGUAGGGACUGUGUCCGGCUGGGACCCCCUUCCGAGGGGGAGCUGGUGGAGCUCCGGUGGACCGAUGGCAACCUCUACAAGGCCAAGUUCAUUUCCUCCGUCACCAGCCACAUCUACCAGGUGGAGUUUGAGGAUGGGUCCCAGCUGACGGUGAAGCGAGGAGACAUCUUCACCCUGGAGGAGGAACUGCCCAAGAGGGUCCGCUCUCGGCUGUCACUGAGCACGGGGGCACCGCAGGAGCCUGCCUUCUUGGGGGAGGAGGCCAAGGCCGCCAAGCGCCCACGUGUGGGCACCCCGCUCGCCACGGAGGACUCAGGGCGGAGCCAGGACUACGUGGCCUUCGUGGAAAGCCUCCUGCAGGCGCAGGGCCGGCCCGGAGCCCCCUUCUAGGACAGCUGGCCACUCAGGCGACCCUCAGCCCGGCGGGGCAGGCCAUGGCACGCCCUGGGCGUUCGCUUGCUGUGAAUUCCUGUCCUCGUGUCCCUGGCCCCCAACAGGCCACCUCCAAGCCGCGGGUGCCCCCUAGGGCGACAGGAGCCAGCGGGACGCUGCACGGGGCCCCAGACUCAGGGAGCAGGGCCAGGCGGGCUCGGGGCCAGCUGGGGCUGCACCCCACCCAACUACUCAGAACUUUAAACCAUGUAAGCUCUCUUCUUCUCGAAAAGGUGCUACUGCAAUGCCCUACUGAGCAACCUUUGAGAUUGUCACUUCUGUACAUAAACCACCUUUGUGAGGCUCUUUCUAUAAAUACAUAUUGUUUAAAAAAAAAAGGAAAAAAAGGAAAAUAUCCCCAAAGCUGUUUUCUAGAUUUGUGGCUUUAAGAAAAACAAAACAAAACAAAAACACGUUUUUCUCAGAACCCGGAAUCGCUGCGAGGCUGAAGCAGCUUGCUGUGUUUUUGUUUGCUGUUGUUUUAAAAUACUACGAUCUGGCUGCAGAGCAGGCAGGGAAGGACACCGGGGAACUGGGGGGUGAGCCCGGCCCCGUCACUCACCCACCGUCUCUCCUCACCUCCCCCGCUCUAGUCCGGGCAACAGCGCCUGUCCCCCUCUGCGCCUGCUGGGAGGAGGCCUGGGCUCCGCUGGGCGCCCCUGUGUGCCAGGGGAAGCCGGGGUCUGGGGCCUCCCUCCGCUGUGCCCACCUGUGCAGAGUGAACUCUCCCCCGGGUUCGUCUAUCUUUGUAUCUCUCCCCCAAGAGAAUCACAGGUGUUCCAGAGGCUUCCUUGCGGACAAAGCACCCUGCCCCUCCCUCGGCUCAGGGUGAGGAGGCCCCAGACCCUUCUGGUCAGGGUGAGUGUGGGCAGCUUCCCUGCUCUUCAGGUGUGACCCUGAGUGGGUCGGGGGGCACAGGGCCAAGACAGGCCUUUGGGGGUCCCAUUUACCCGCUUCUGAGCAGGGACGAGGCCAGGUGUCCUCGGUCUGCCCACCCACACUGCUGUCACCUGAGGGGAAUCUGCCUAUUAGGAGUGGGUUGAGCUGAUAGAGAAAACAUGGCCUUCAGCCCAGGCUAAGAAGCGCCUUCUCCGGGUGCCUCUCCCCCGCCAGCUCUGCACUCCCUGCGGCGCUCUCUCCACCUCAGCAGUCUCCUGCCAGAGGGAGGGGGGAGGGGAUCAUUGUAUGACAGAGACAAAACAGUGGAGGCAGGAGUUUGGGACCAGCCUGGGCUAUGUAGUGAGACGCCAUCACUGCAGAUGUUUUACACGCUAGCUUGGUGUGGUGCGCGCCUGUGGUCCCAGCCAUGUGGGAGGCUGAGCGGGGAGGAUCUCUUGAACACAGGAGGUUGAGGCUGCAGUGAGCUAUGAUUGCGCCACUGCAUUCCAGCCUGGGGGACAGAGUGAGAGCCUGUCUCAAAAAGUAACUAGGUAGGUAAAUAAAGCAAUGUUUAUCCUAUGAGAGGGUGUCCGCACGGGCCGGGCCGGAGAGAGCCAAGGGAAAGGGGUGGAGCAAGACGCAGGAGCAAGCCCUUCAUUUUCUUGGUGGGGGAGGGGGGCGGUGACCCUGCAGAGGGCUGGGGUUGGGGAGGUGGGGGGUGUCAGCCAGAACGUGGGGGUGUCCCUCUGCACGCAGCAGCCUCACCCAGCGUGGCGCUGACACUGUAUUCUUAUGUUGUUUGAAAAUGCUAUUUAUGUUGUAAAGAAGCGCGGGUGCCCUUGCAGCCGUGGUCCCUAGGGAGCUGCACCCAUCCCGUGGACGGGCCACGGAAGGGCAGGCCGGAGCUGCACACUCUCCCCACGAAGGUGUCUCUGUGUCUUACUCUGUGCAAAGACAAGACAAAACCCAGCACCCUGGUUUUUCCCCACCCGAGAUGAAGGAUGCGCUGUAUUUUUUGCCUAAUUUCCCCGCCUCUAGGUUCAUAAUGAAUUAAAGGUUCAUGAGCACUGCGAA